AUGGGGGACUGGAACUUAUUGGGUGGCAUUCUAGAGGAAGUUCACUCUCACUCAACCAUAGUGGGGAAAAUCUGGCUGACCAUCCUCUUCAUUUUCCGAAUGCUGGUACUUGGUGUGGCUGCUGAAGAUGUCUGGGAUGAUGAACAGUCAGCAUUUACCUGCAACACCCAGCAGCCAGGUUGCAACAACAUCUGUUAUGAUGAUGCUUUCCCUAUCUCUUUGAUCAGGUUCUGGGUUUUACAGAUCAUCUUCGUGUCCUCUCCCUCUCUGGUGUACAUGGGCCAUGCCCUUUAUAGACUCAGGGCCUUUGAAAAGGAAAGGCAGAUGCAAAAAUCACACCUCAGAGCCCACAUGGAGAAUCCAGGCCUUGAAUUGGAGGAGCAACAAAGGAUAGAUAGACAACUGAGGAGGUUAGAGGAGCAGAAGAGGAUCCACAAAGUUCCUCUGAAAGGAUGUCUACUGCAAACUUAUGUCUUACACAUCUUGACCAGAUCUGUGCUGGAAGUAGGGUUUAUGAUAGGCCAGUAUGUUCUCUAUGGGUUUCAAAUGCACUCACUCUACAAAUGCACUCAACCUCCAUGCCCCAAUGCAGUGGAUUGUUUUGUAUCCAGGCCCACAGAGAAGACCAUUUUCAUGCUCUUUAUGCACAGUAUUGCAGCCAUCUCUUUGUUCCUUAAUGUACUAGAAAUAUUCCAUCUGGGAACCAGGAGAAUCAUGAGGGCACUUUAUGACAAGUCAGGCAAUAAUGACAUUGAGGAUGAAAGGGGCCCUUCAUUUCAUUUGAAAAAAUAUUCAGUGCCCCAGCAGUGUAUGAUUUGCUCCCCCUUGCCUGAAAGAAUUUCUCUACUCCAAGCCAAUAAUCAGAAACAAGUCAUCCAAGUGACUGUGCCGAAGUCCAAAAGCUUGUGGCCAAUCCCACAGCCCAGGCAGCUUGAGGUAGACACUGGCGGUAGUAAAAAUGACUGGGCCGAGAAGGAUCAGCACAGCGGACAGCUCCACGCCCACAGCCCAUGGCCCUGGGAUGACUGUGUUAGAAAUCAGCACCCGGGACAGCAACCGGACCAUGCCUCCUUAGGCGCAGAGCACACAAUGUCCCAGCCCUGGCUAGGUGCAACGACAGCUCCUAGGCUCUCUCCAUCCUACGCAAUAGGAACCUGGGAGCCCCCCCCCCCCCAGGACUUGCAGCUCUCAAGGGAGCCUCUCACAGAUUCGCACAGUCACUGCAGAGACAGCGAUGGCAGCGUGAGAGAGAGUGGGGUCUGGACAGAUAGAUCUCGCUCGGGCGGCCGCAAGGCCAGCUUUCUGUCCAGAUUGCUGUCUGAAAAAGGACAGCUUCACAGCGACUCAGGAAGCUCCAGUUCUCGGCAUAGCUCUUGCUUAGACUUUGCACACCAGGAAAACAGCCCCUCGCUUCUGCCUUCAGCCACUGGGCACAGAAGGUUGAUGGUAAGUCACACUAUGAUCAAGGAACUAUUACAAGAGGCGUUCCACUGCGGCCCAUUCUGCCCUCCCUUUCCUCCUUCGUGGUGUGUAUAUGUUUGUGUUGGGAGAGAGGGGGAAGAGGAGAGGGGGGUUAAUUUAUGGAGAAUUAAAUUAAUUUAUUUAAUACAUUCCGGUAAAUACAAUUCAUAA